AUGAACUGCACAGAGCCAACCCGCAAACGACACCAGCAGCAGCAGCAGCAGCAGCAGCAGCAGCAGCAGCAGCAGCAGCAGCGGGCCCCCGCGCCGCCGGCGAGCAGCAGGGUCAGCACGGGCAGCCGGAACCUCUGCGCCGCAGCCCCCGCAGCAGCCCCGCAACUGCACCUGCUGCUCCGCAGCAGCAGCAGCUGCUGCUGCUCCGCAGCAGCAGCAACAGCAGCAGCAGCAGCAGCAGCAGCAGCGGACCAGGGCGAGGGUCUUGGUCUGCUGCUGAGAGAGAGGCAGCAGGGCGUGGAGGUCCGCAGCAAAAGCCUUGGAAGCCGCAAAGCUGGCAGCAAAGGCGAGGCGCAGCGGCGCCGCACCCGCGCUGCCUUCGAUCUUGUCCUGCAGCAGCAGCAGCAGCAGCAGCAGCAGCAGCAGCAGCAGCGGCGGGGGAGAGUGAGGGGAGGGGGAGCAGCAGCAGCAGCAGCAGCAGCAGCAGCAGGGGUGGCGCCAGCAGCAGCAGCAGCAGCAGCAGCAGGAGCAGGUGCUCGGGGGAGCGGCUUGGAGGGAGAAUGGGCGAGUUUCCGGGAAGCGAAUGUCCGCUAA